UUUACACGGCGUAUGCAGUGCGUGCCCUAGAGUCGUGCGCGUGCCCCAGCGAACCUUACGGCAGUGUGACCGGUUGCAAUCUCUCGCUUCGGCGCGCGAUGUGGACGGUGCUGUCGUGAGCGUCUGCAGGCGGCGAUAAGGGGAUAACGAUGAGUGCAUUGCAACUACGUCACAACCAGCGUCAGCGUCGCGCGUCCACGGUGCUGGCAACCGACGUCAUGGCUGCAAGAGGACUACACCGGUGGCCUUCCAAACUUGGAUUAUACCUCCUCUUUGCCAGCUGUGUGCUCGUAUUCUUUCUAUUCAAGUCGUACCGACCAACUAAGCUGAACAGCAGUGAGCAUUCUCCUCUCGCGCACAACUUCGUCGACUCUUUAGUCGAUGACAAGCAAGACUACGCAAGGUCAGCGGCAGAAAACCCUCAUGUGUACCCCUUCAUCAUCGACGCGUCGCACGUAUGCAACAGUUUCGAAAACGUACCCACCCUGAUCGUGUUCGUCACCAGCGCCCCUGCGCACAAGUCGGAGCGUGAGGCCAUCCGCAACACUUGGGGCCUCCACUCCUACCUGAAUCACCGCAGCACCAAGGUGCUGUUCCUCCUCGGCCGCUCCAGCAAGGACACCGAGAUCAAGGCCGAAUCUCAGGUUCACAAUGACAUUAUCCAGGGCGACUUUGUGGACAGCUACGACAACCUGACCCUCAAGUCGGUCAUGAUGCUCCAGUGGACGCAGUCCUUCUGCCCUAGCGUGGACCACGUCAUGAAGACCGACGACGACGUCUACGUGAAUCUGGACAACUUGUUGCCGCAUCUGGCGCGUUCCAUGGGCGACCGUCGCCGCUGGAUCCAGGGGUGCAUCAAGAGACACGUCGGUGCACCCGUCAAGUUCGUGGACGGCAAGGCUGUGGGGCCCGUAGACGACAGGACGCUCCCUAAAGCGCAUCCUGACUUUGUGGCGGGUGCGGGUUACGUGAUUUCAGGGGACCUGGUCCCGGACCUUCUGGCGGCUUCGGCGAACGUUCGAUGGAUGCCAAUCGAAGAUGUGUUCGUGACGGCCAAGUGCGCCGCUCUGGCUCACGUCGAGCCCGAGACGGACGAUCGGUUCAGCUGCGGACGUGGGCUGAGGGAACCGUGUGAGAUGAAACACAUGUUCACCGGUCAUCAGGUCGAUCCCCAAUUGAUGAGGACGGUGUGGGAUGCUAUGCUUGUCGGUUGUCGCUAGAACUAUGGGUGGCCCUUUUCGCCUUAGAGUAAUCCCGGCAACUUCGCGAGAUCUGAGCACAAUCCCAGCCUCUUUGUUAUAACUUGUCUAAGAGUACUGUGAUUGGGUAAACGUGAUAUAAUAAAACGGCAAGCUCCGUAGUUCCACUAUGA